AUGGAAGAUUCUGGUGCGAUUCUAUGUCAGAUCUCCGUUUACAAGGACAUGCUUGAUCAGGUGAAUUCGGAAAUCGAAGCGAACAUUCAGGUGACGAGAGAGAUCGAAUCAGAGAUCGGAAAGUGUUCAGAGAUUGAAUGGGCUUUGUUUAUCAAAGAAUCUGAGCUUACGAGAUCGUUCCUUAGUUCUCAGUUCGAAAUCAGCGGCUUGAUCUCCGUCACAGACGAUUCAAGAAACUCUCUGAAGCUAUUGGAGGAUGAGAUUUGUGGCCUGAGAAAUGAACACAGUGAGCUACUUAGAAAGUUAAGGGAGAAGCGGGAAGGUUUUGUGAAGAUGUGUACUGAAUUCCAGAGGGAGAUUAGUGUUGAUGAAGGCAGUGAACUAAAGAGUAUAUUGUUGGAGAAGGAGUUUUUGGAGAAUGAAGUUGGAUUGUUGGAGCAAAAGAACAUUGAUGUGAAGAAUUCGAUUUUGGCAUACAUGGAAGAUGAAAUGAAGAAUCUUUUGUCUGAUUAG